AAGUAUUGAUUUUUUUAUACAAACUGUGUAGCGCAGAGAACAUUGAAUGAGCGACUUUAGUGAGUAAUGUCCCCUGUUUUCCGAUAUAGGUGGCGCUCUGGUCGAGUAGGUUCAUCUAUGCGGAUAUGUUCGGAUUUUAUCAUAAAAUUAUCGCCAUUGUUAUUCAGCGAAGCGUUUGACAGCUUGACAAUAGAAACAUAAAAUAAUGCCUCAAACCAUGUGUUGCGUUCCCUUUUGUUCACGAAAAGGUCGACACAAGUUCCCGAAAGACAAACAACGUCAAGCAGCAUGGGUACAAGCUAUUCGACGGGUGAAAACAAAGUUCGAAAUCUGGACUCCAUCCGAAUACUCGUACGUGUGUGAAAACCACUUCACCGAAGAUGAUUACCACACAAUAACAUAUGCAGGAAAUGAAAGACGUAAGCGGGCAUUGCGAAAAACAGCUGUCCCUAGUAUUUUUUCCUGGACGAACAAGGCGACUGUUGCUAAGAGCCAGGAGAGAAAGGAACGUCGUCUAGAAAGAGAAAACCGGAAACGUAAGCUGUUUGAAGAUGUAACAAAUAUGGAACAGUCUGGUGAAAACACAAGCUUUGAACCAGAGUACAUUGCCACAAAAAUUGACAUUGUUACCACUGAUAUCGAUGUGGGUGCUAGCGAAGAAGUUGUGACACAGCAGGAAUGUGUCGAGCAAAUAAUCUCGAUCACAGAUGAAAAGGUGACAUUUAUGGACUCAUUUGUACAAACAGAGUGUGAAACGGAAGAUGCCGCAAUACAAACAACAACUACACUUGCAUUUAGCAUCAACAAGUUCGAGGAUGAUGAAGCUGCUGUUCAUUUCUACACUGGACUCGAAAAUUACAUGAAGUUCUUUUUUGUUUUGGUUGGCAGUACCCCUGGCGGUCUUAUUUCUUAUGUGUCUCCAGCCUAUGGGGGUGCUACAAGUGAUAGGCAAAUAGUUGAACGGAGUUCACUGACCAGGCUUUGUUCCAAAAGUGACAGUAUAAUGGCUGAUAAAGGUUUCAAUGUGCAGGACAUUUUUGCACCACAUGAUGUGCAUAUCAAUAUACCAACCUUAUUUAAGAAGCAAAAUAGAAUUUCGAAUGAAACUGCUAUUAAAGAUAGAAAAAUUUCAAGAAUGGCAUAG